CGUCAAACCGCCGUAGAUGAAAACGUGCAAUUGAAAACCCGUUAUGAAAUCAGUUUUGAUCUUGUGGACAACUUUUAUUUUUUUCGCAAAUUAUUGUGUUGCAAUGAACGUUGCAAAGCACAAACAAACCACCCAGUCAACAUUCAAUGCUGAUAGCAUUAGAAAGUCUGCAAAAGCAGUAGAUGGAGAUUACGAACAAAAUCUUGUGCCGAGCACUGGGUGUUCACACACUGAUCCACAUGACGAUCAACGUCAUUGGUGGGCAGUAGAUCUUGGAGCAAUUUAUGCUAUCAGUAAUGUUGUUAUUUUUGGUAGAACAGACUGUUGUUCUGAUAGACUCUCAAAUUUCAACAUUGACGUCAUUAAGCCAUGCAAAAAUUCAACCCAUUGGUUUGAAGGAGUUACUUCACUGUGCCAUCACAGACAGGAGGCAACUACCUAUCUAAAUGCUACCUGUUCUCACGGGACCAUCGGAAGGUAUGUUCGCAUACAGCUGAAAGAUCCGAAUCCUUUAGCUUUAUGUGAAGUUGAGGUACAUGGACUAUUUAUGCAGGAUUUAAAUUCAGUGACAUUGCCUUAUACAUGUGGAUUUGAAGGUCACAGUUAUGAUGGACUAGACGGAACCAUUGAAACAGCACACGUCAAUAGCGAUAUUCACUGUGCAUACAUUUGUGCUUAUAUGAACGGAUGUCAUGCUGCAGACUUCGUGAGAAAGAACAAAAGCUGUACUUUAAUGGAGAGAAAAAAUGGGUCUAAUGUCGUUUCUGAUCCUGACCACAAUGUCUUUCUUGUCAAUUGACUAUAUAUAUUUUAUAAAUAAAUUACAA